UUAUCGGUCAAAAUUUUCUAUUUUACCACAGGUUAAGAAUAGGUUUGAUGAUAACUGAGAUUUUACAUUUUAGUUUUGCGUUGAUGCUUUAAACAGUUUAAACCUUUAAACAGUUGUAUCUAUUAUGAGUUAUGACUGAUGUUCGUCGUCCGAAGUGUUCCAAGUUCUAACAAUAAUACUAUAAAUUAAAAUUGAAAAAUACUAUUAUCUACAGGUCUUGUCAGUCAGUCAUUCAGCAUUCUACCAGUCAGGCACACGGCCGCUGUCUCACUGAUUUUCGUUGAAUUCAUAUAUUUUUUUUUUUUUCAAAGUUUUUAAAUCCGAAUACUUUUUAACGAUACUCUCGUUUCUGAACUUCAAUCUUACACCUAUAUAAAUUUACAAAUUGGUUCAAUGUCUUCAAAAAAAGUAUAUAAUAUCAAAGACAAAGUCUUUGCAAAAAUAAGAGGUUAUCCUGCUUGGCCAGCAAUAAUAUCUGGUGUUAAAGCUGAUACCCCAUCACGACAAAGGUAUAAUGUUUAUUUUUAUGGAACUGGUGAGCGUGCUGAAUGUAAAUCAGAAGAACUUUUUCCGUAUGAAGAAAACAAGUCAAAAUUAGGAAAACCAAAUAAACGUAGACAUUUUGCUGAAGCUUUAUUAGAAAUUGAAGGCGAUGUUGACUGUACUCGGGUUCUUCCUGAAGAUGAUUCACAAGUAUCUGUAACACCAAGUGACACUAGUCACAUGGAACAAGAAUCAUCUAAAGAUGAAUCUGAAAACGAUAAUGAAGUUGAAAAAUCAAAUGAAUCAAAUUUAGAAAGUGAAGGAAAAUUAACAACCGAUGAGUCUACUUUGUCCAAAGGGAAAAAAGUUGUUACAUCUAGAAAGAGUUUAGGGCUCUCUAUUUCUAAAGGAACAAAAAGAAAAAUAUCUGAUGUUAAACCUGAAGCACCUUCGAAGAAGUCAAUGUCAAAUAAACCAAAAAUCUUGGAAAGUUUAAACCUUAAACAAAGACGCUUAGCUAUAGUAUUGGUGGAACCAUUGGACCAUGGUGUAGUAGAAAGAGCUAUUAGUGGACAGCAGAAAUUGGAGCAAGCUACUGAUAAAAAUGUUAGUGCUGAUGAAAAAGUUUCUGAAACAGAUAAUCAAUCAGAUACUCAUAAUACAACUGAGUCUGUGCUUGAAACUAGUGAUGUAUUAUUGGAUUCCAGUAAAUCAGCGAAAUCCUUGUCAAAAAUAAAGAAUAGUCCUACAUCAAGUAGUGAAAUAUCGUCCACCAACAGUGUGAAUGUUGGACAUGUAUCACGCUCUGGUCGUAAAAUCAAGCCAAAAAAAUAUUCUGAUUAUGAGAAUGAAUCGGAGGCACCAAAACGUUCACGAUUAAGCAAAGAAAAUUCCAAAAAUUCAGAAAAGAAUAAUACUAGCAAUAACGAAACAGAUUCAUCGGAACAAAGUUAUAAAACAAAAGAUACAAAUUCAGAAACAAGAAAGAUAUCUAGAACCCAUGCGUCAGCAUCAAUACCACAUGUAACUUCUACACCAGAAGGUAAAGAUUUGGAGCAAGUGGAUAAUGAAAUCAGUGAAGACGGCGAACUUCCGGUAGUACUAAAAGAUAUCAUGGUUGGUACUUUGUCAAAUAUAGAAACUGGUUGGGUAAAAGCUGGUCCAAAAAAAAUUACUAAAAUUGAUUUAUUACACACCGAAUGUGAUUUGCUAGAUUAUAUUUAUAAAUUACGCAUGGCCUUACGGACUGAUCGUGUUGAUUAUGAAGUAGCAUUAGAGUUAUUGGAACACAUUAUUGAACUACAAUUUAAUGCCCUUAUGUUAAAAAAACAUCAAGAAAUUGUGGAUACAAUUAAACAAGUGACAAGGUACACUGGUAAUGCAAAAGAAUGGAAUCUUAAUGAAGAAGAAACUAUUUUACAUAACGAAAAGUCAACUAUAAUUCGACGCAAGGCUGAAAUAAUAUUUAAUAAAUUUAUAUCAUUGUUCACUGUAUCUGAUGGACAAUCGUUUGACGACAUAUUUAACAAAGAAGUUGAAGACUUUUUUACAAAGACUAAACAUUUGUCUUGUGAUCAGAUAUAUGGGCUUACUUCAGAUAAGGAUUAUAAUUAAUUUUCUUACUAUUUAAAAAUUAAUCAAAACAACUAACAUUAUUUUUUGUCGUUACAAAACAAUUGUAUAAUGAUCUACUGGUAUUCCGCAACUAUUAUUAAAUUAUUUUUUGACGCUCUAUUGGUUACAUUAUUUUGUAUCCAUUAUUAUAAAUUUUUAUUAAUAAUAUUUAAUACAUUUUUAGUGUUGAUGUAUAAAUUUAGGAAUUGUGUUAAUUACGAAUAUAAUUUAUAGUAUAAUAGUGAUUUUUCAUUGUAUAAUGACAUGAGUAAAUUUUUCAAACUAAUUAUAUAUAUUUAUUGUAUUAAUUUUGCUUCCAUUUAAUUGAUAAUAGAUUUCAUUUCAUUGUUAUUAUAUUAUAAAUGUUAAGAACUACUGUAUAAGUGAAUUGAAAACCAAACAAUUAGCAGGAUAGUUAAUUGAUAAUAAAUUAUACAAGGAGAUUUUAUAGACAGAUUAAGAAUAACUAUUAAUAAAAAUAAAAAUUAUUACAUUAAUAA